CGGCACCCAUCGUCUCGUCGUCGUCGAAUUAUUAUUAUUAUUAUUAUUAUUCUCGGUCUGCGAUAUUUUUUCCCACAAACGCAAAACAUCUGAUACGCAUUUUUCUUCUUUGUUUUGCGCGCGUACCGAAUGAAAAUAAACAAAUAGGAAAAUGUACUGCGAGCGAGUGAGACGGAGAGAAGAGUGAUUACACACACCACACGCACACGCACACGCACUCAGGCGGUCUGCUGACUGCUAUCGAUUUACUGUAUUGUUCGGUUGUUCUCUAGUCAGUAGUCACUAGUCGCACUGUCGCAGAUUUCGACGAGGGUCAACGGCGACGUGGUGUGUCGAUCGCGAGCACACAAUAAAGCGUUUGAAACAACGAGAGAGACACGCGGCAAUCGUCGUCACGUUCAACAGUUAGUAAAUAUUAAACAUCUUUUGACGUUGACCGGUCAUCACUCAGAAAUCGUAUUGCGAUAAUCGAAUGGCUCGACCGCCGAAUCGCGCCAGUCGUAGACGUACAACAACAACGACGAUCAGUAAAUAAUUCGGCGCUUAUUACACCUUAUUCGUGAUCGUUUCGUCUACACAGAUUUUGCGUUUGAGCAGGUAUUGCAACGCCGCUCCCCCGAAUCUGAUGUCAACAUGAAAAGAGACUUGGCCAAGAAAUUGAUCGAACGUUAUUUCUAUCUGAUCACAGAAGGUUGUGGCAACGGUGAUUGUGUUAAUGAUUACUGUGCAUCCAGCAAAAGGUGUACUAAUGUGGUGUCAGCUAAUGAUGCAGCCGCUAUCGCUAUUCAAUUAUUUCGCCUUGAUGCAAGACUGUGUGAUCAACAUCCCAUGAAAGUAGCAAGAACCACUAAUAACCCAUCAGUGUCUGGAAAUACUUUACAUGACGCCAAUACAUCAUUAGCUUGCUGUAGCAAUACCCAAGAUACCCUUUGUUUAUCACAUGAUGCUUGUGUACAAACAAAUCCAUGUACUGUAUUCCAAGUAAAUCCAGUACAUACAACUGACUUAUCCAGAUCAUUAUCAGAUGCUCAGAUUACUCAAACCACGAAUACUUGUUCUCAAACAGAAAGUGGCGGUAGUUCAUCUUCUUUUAAAAUAGUCAGUGCCGAAUCUAUGGCAAAAGAACACGGUCCAUUUAUUGCACCAAUUGAAUCUAUGGCGCAACAACAAGAAGGUACAUCUACUCAAUUUUCUAAAGAAGAAGUUAGUGAAGAUGUAUUGAAGCAUACAGCUGAUCAUGCAAAUCUUUGUGAGCAAAAUAAUACUCCUAAUCAUUCAACAAACAAGGAUAUUUUGGAUCACUUAGAUGUUGCUUCAUUAGAAAUACCAGAAUGUGUUUUGCAUGAAGUAGAAGACAUAAACUUAACUUUCAUGGAAACUAUGAAAAAAACUUUAAAACAAAUUGCUUCUAUUCAAAAUGGUAUUAAAUAUUUGAAUGAAACCAAUUUGAUAGAACUAGCAAGACAGCAAAAAGGACCUGAUCCGUGCAAAGAUAACAAUGAGUUACUAUCUGCUCUGUACCAUGUAUUCUCAACACCAGAAGCAUUGGGGAAUAGUUUUAUAAAACGCCCAUUAAAACAAAAAAAAGAUUUGCUUAAAGUUCAUAAUCAUGCUAAGACUUUAUCCCCCAGUAUGACCAAAGAAAAAAUACGUGAAAUGGAAAUUGAAAAAGAAUUGGAUGAUAACUCAAUGGAUGAAGAUGAUGAGGUAGAAGGAGAAGAAGUGUAUGGCGACAAACAAUUAGAUGUAGAAGGGUUAGCACGAGCAUAUAACAAAAUUAAUUCCACCAUUAACAAUGAAUUUUAUAAAAAUGUUCUUUGUUUAGCCAUUAGUUCCUUAUGUGCAAAAAUCACUGUAGAAUUACAUUAUUUUAAGUCUAAAUCAUUUCCAAUCAGUGAUAAAUAUUUAGAGGAUGUGUUACAUUCGCUUAAAAUCAUCUAUGAAAUGCCAUGGUUAGAUGACUUAGCAUUUGUAGAACGUAUAGUACCUAGGCUUGUAGCAGCCACAUGUGUACUCCCAGUUGCUGAACAAGCGAAACUUGCAAAGUUCUGGAGUGAAAUGUCAUCUGAAAACACUUUACGGCGAAUAUUACAUUGUCUCCAAGAAGCUAUAACGUUCCAACUAAUAUCUACUGAAUAUGAUGCAACUUUUCAAGAUGAGACUGCUGUUGUAUUUGCUACAAAAACUAUGAAGAUUUUAUACUAUGCAAGUAUUAUGGCUGGUGAAUGCGAUACAAAUGUUUAUAAUGAAGAUAUUAGACAGCCUGAAAAAAUAGAGAAAAAACAUGAAAAUGUAAGGGAUGAAAAUUUACUGGAAGAUAUUCUUAUUAAUUCACAUCCAAAGAAUAAAAUUAAUAAAACUGAUCCAUUAGCUGAAAUUUUAAAUAUAAAUAUUUUGGCCUGUCGUGCUCCUUUAAUUCCUAUAUCUAAAUUUUACAAUGAGUUAUUGAGUGAUGCUCUAGAAAUGGAUGAUGAUUAUCAAACUUGGAGAGAACAUGGCAUUGAAAAAUUUUCUUAUAUGUCCCAUUCAUUUGUUCUUACCCCAUCCACUAAAACUCUUGGGCUGUACUAUGAUAAUCGAAUACGAAUGUAUGAAAAUAGACGUUUCUGUCUUAUACAAACAUUAAUAGGUCAGCCUACUCAUCCUUACCUCAAACUUAAAGUAAGGAGGGAACAUGUUGUUCAGGAUGCUCUAGUUGAACUUGAAAUGGUAGCCAUGCAAAAUCCGUCGGAUCUCAAAAAACAAUUGGCGGUUGAAUUUGACGGUGAACAAGGUGUUGAUGAAGGUGGAGUCUCUAAAGAAUUCUUCCACCUCAUUGUCGAAGAAUUAUUUAACCCAGACUAUGGUAUGUUUGUGAUUAUGAACUCUGAAAGUGGAAACCCUACUUAUUGGUUUAACUCAUUCUCAUUUGAAACUGCUGCCCAGUAUUCAUUGAUUGGCCUCAUAGUUGGAUUAGCAAUUUACAACAAUGUCAUAUUAAACAUUAAUUUACCAAUGGUUGUGUAUCGAAAGUUACUAGGUAAACGGUGUACAUUCAAUGAUCUACAGGAUUGGAAUCAGGAAUUAUACAAUGGCUUAAAGAAUUUGUUGGAUUACAAAGAAGAUGAUAUUGAAGAAAUGUUUAUGCAGACAUUUAGAAUUUGCUACAAAGAUGCAUUUGGUGAAAUAGUAUAUCAUGAUCUUAUAGAUAAUGGAGAUAAUAUUACUGUAAACCACAUAAAUAAAAGAGAAUUUGUGGAUAAAUAUGCUGAUUUCUUACUCAACGAAUCAAUCGGAGUGCAGUUCAAUGCAUUCUACCGUGGAUUCCAAAAUGUUAUGGAAGAAUCUCCAUUACAAUACCUAUUCUGGCCUGAAGAACUUGAACAAAUAGUGUGUGGCAGUAAAGUAUUUGAUAUGUCCGAGUUAGAAGAAACUACACUUUAUGAAGGAGGAUAUCACAAAGACACAGACGUUAUUAAAUUUUUCUGGGAAUUUGCCCAUGCCUUACCUAGAGCCUCUCAGCAAAAAUUAUUACAAUUCACAACAGGAAGUGAUAGAGUUCCUGUUGGUGGCCUUGGAAAAUUAAAACUGACUAUUACGAGGAAUGGUUCAGAUUCUGACAGGCUACCUACCGCGCAUACUUGUUUCAACAUCCUGUUGCUACCUGAAUACAGCAGUAAAGAUAAACUUGAUGAGAGACUAUCAAAAGCUAUCAAUUAUGCUGAAGGGUUUGGUAUGAUAUGAAACCAGUAAGGAAGAAAACACCCACCUAUGAAUUGUGCUACGUUUUUGAGCGCAAUCAAAGUUUUUAGAAAUUAUAAGUUUGUUUUCAAUUCUUGUAUAAUGUGUAUAAUAAUAAGUUGUAUUAAUUUUAUUAAAUUUAUGUUGAAUUAUAA